CGGUAAUUACAGUGUCCUUCUCUUAUCCACGAGGCUCAUCAAUUGAUAAACGCAAAAUAUUUCGCUUUGGCAGUCUUUGAUACUAUCUCGCCGAUGACUUCGUCGGUAUUUAUGUGCGUAGAGGCCGUAGAGCAAGACUCUGCAAGGUAUUUUGAAAUUGAGUAAACAGCGGCACUUUAAGGUUAAAGGGAAAUACCAUUGUCAACCAUUGUAAUAUUCAUGAUAUAUGUAUAAAAAUUUGUAAAGAGGUACAAUAAGCCCAUUCUUAAACUCUUCUUUUUACGUUUAAAUGACAUGACCGACGUUCUUUAAAAACCCGUAUUUGUUCACAAUAAAAUUUUGUGCAUCUCGAGUACAUCCUCUUCAUACAUACUCUUUAUGAAAUUUUCAAAUUUUUACGUUUUUUUUUUAUUGGGGAAAAACAGGCCGAACACGGAACACAAGUCUCGCGGCGUGCUAUGCUGAUUCGUUCUUGCUGUGAUGGAAGAUGCAGGCGCCACGGUUUUCUACGACGACGAGGACGAUUGUCCGGAUUACGAGUGUUUACACAACAAUGUCGAAUACGAUUACGAUUACGCGGACUCGGAGAAGGAAACCCUUCAUGAGUUGUACCAGUAUUGUCUUAGUCCUAGUGUGUACGAUACAGGAUAUCAUUUACUGCCUUUACUUGGCAGUACGAUUUUAUUUAGACUGUUUGUUCAUACUGAAUACAUAUCACACAAAGUAUUUCAUAUAUUAUCAGUUAUCAUAGGCUUAUAUAUUAUUCAACAUUACGUGCAGGAAUCCUUAAUAAUAUUAAUAGUGUUUGUUCUAUUUUCCUAUGGUAUUUUAUAUGUGCCAAAGAGAUUGCACAGAGGCAUAGGAAUCUUUCUACUGUCCCUUUUGAUAAUUGCGUACUGUGAAUUCACAAUGCAAUCAGUGGUAUGGCAUAGGAUACGCAGUGUGAUUAUGACCAUGGUGAUGAAAGCAAUUAGCAUUGGCAUUGAUGCAAACAAUUCAGACAAUUUGCCAAAUAUAUACAGCUUCACGGGUUACAUGUUCUGCGGGGUGACUUGUCUAUUUGGACCAUGGGUGUCGUUCAGAGAUUAUUUGUCUCUACAUUGCUCCAACAAUCAGACGAAAUGGUGGAUAUUAUGUAGUAUCGGAUAUGCAUUCCUUUCCUUUGUCUUCCUGAGUAUUUCAAAUUGCUGGACACAAUGGAUAUUUGUGGAUAACUCUUGGAAGUGGUUAAUAGCAUACAGAGAUGCAUUAUCUUUCAGAACAUCUCAUUAUUUCGUUUCAUACAUAGCUUCGGCACUGUUAGUUUUGGGAGGAUUUCCUCUUUCAUCGUCAACGAUAGUCAAGCCUUUCUACAUCGAAUUUCCACGCUCUCUCGUUCAGGUCGUCAUUUAUUGGAACAUUCCAAUGCAUUACUGGUUAAAAACGUAUAUCUUCCGUCCUAGUAUUAAAAACUUGGGGAAGUUUGGUGCAGUGAUUGUCACGUAUUUGAUAAGUUCUCUUUUACACGGGUUGAAUUUUCAAUUGGCUGCAGUGUUACUUAGUCUAGGAUUUUAUACAUAUGUAGAAUUUCAGCUCAGGGCUGUGCUCGCCGACACUUUCGACGCCUGCGUCGCGUCCAAACAGUGCACCAAGCAAAAAUGUACGCACAAAUACAAUUCUUAUAACUGUUGGUGGGUGUUUGUGACAAACUUGAUGUUCUCGGGAUUGGCGAUAUUUCAUUUAGCUUACUUGGGUCUCAUGUUCGAUAUGUCGGAUCUGCAGGAAACAGGGUACAGUUAUCAACACACAAUCGAUAAGUGGGCUGAACUCGGAUUUGCUAGUCAUUGGGUAGCACUAGCUACGUAUUGUAUUUAUCUUUUAAUUAAGUAACGAAUUAUUUUUUGUAUUUUUAAUUUUUCCGAAGACUGAUCUAUAUUUUUCAUAAGAAUAAAUUAGUUUAUAUAAAUCACGAGCAGAUUAUUUUGUAAAUAAUUUUCGCUUACAUAGGAGUUUGAAGGAGCAUGACUAUAACAUUAGAAUGUAAUUUUGUUGUCUCUAAUAUUCAAGAAAGAUAAAUAAAAUACAUAUUCUUUAUUGAGUAUAUAACACAAUAUAAAGUUUACUAUGUGAUCUAUACAUACUUAAUAUUUUUUUUAAUAAUUAAUAUAUGUAGCACAUUUAGUAGUUUUGUAAUUAUAAAAAAAGUUUACAGAGUAUUUAAGUGUACAAUGUUAAUUAAUACUCUUCCUCGCAUCCUAAUCUAAUGUUACAUUAAAUGUCACUUCUGUAAUGAAUAGAAACUUUGCGCUCU